CUGUGAUUUCCUGAUGUUCUUAAAGGCUCAAAAAUGGGGCUGAGCACGCAUUGUGUGCUAAGGAAAGAAUAUUUGGAUUGAAUUGAACCCCCUGCAGAACGUGGACUAUUCAGAGACACUGAAUUUGGCCUUGGGUGAAUACCUGCCUUGGGUUGGCCAACUAGCAGUUAACAGCAAUGAGCCAAAAGAGACAAACCAAGUUUCAAAAUGUCAAACAAAAGACUUCGGAAAAUAGCUCAGCUAAAUGUGAGAAAGGAAUGGUUGACAAUGGUGAAGAGAUUUUUGAUGCAGUCGGGAGAUCGAAAUUUGUUCUCAAGAACCUUCGGCAUUACACAGUCCAUCCAAAUUUGGCCCAGUACUAUAAGCCUUUGAAGGCCACUGCGCUACAGAAAUUCCUGGCUCAAAACAAGAAAACCACAAGCUUCAUGUUAAAAGUAACAGAGUAUGACCAGGAUAAGACCUUACUGAUUAUGACCAACAACCCACCUCCCUGCUCAAUGACCCAGCAAGACAAGGACAGUGCAUCAAAAUACUUUUCCAAGGAGUUACUGCUUGAGAUUAUGGAAAGUCAUCAUCAGCACAAACCCACUGAGAACCCCUGGCUGCCUUUGAUGCCUCAGAAAAAAAAGUUAAGAUCUAAGCUGAAACCAAGCUUCCCUUUGAUACUGUCGGACGAUCCUACAUCCACGCGAGAACAAUGGUUUAGGUUUUCCACUGACAAUGAUUUCAAGAGCGAAGGGAAGUAUUCAGAAGUCUACGCUUUGCGGACACAGAAAAAAAUGUACCCUCAGCUCACCUUUGCUCCAGUCCAUGAGAGAGAUAUAAGGAAAGAAGCCUCCAAGAAGUUAGCGAGUGAAAGGCUGACUUCCAAGGUGAUUCGGGAACCACUGACACUCGCAUCGCUCCUGGAAGAGAUGCCCACCAGAACCGCGCCUGGGGAGAGCGCCUUCCGCAACGGGAGGGCCCCGCAGUGGAUAAUCAAAAAGGCCACGGUCACCGGGUGAACAUAGACCCCUCAGGCCUCCCGCCUCGCUCUUCUGAGGCCGAGGGGUCCGCAUAAGUCGCCAAUGAAAUAAAACCACAUUCCUGCU